GUUCACUUCGCAUCGCGGGGUGAGGGGGGUUUGAACCGAGGCAUUUCCGGAUUGUUUUUACUCCUACAGACAUCAUACAUACAACAUCACUUCACUUCACCUUCCUUCCCUUUACCCCUACCCCUUGAUUAACACUCAAAACAAACCCUCCUCCACAAAAAGGCCAAACCAAAAAUGAACCGUCUCACCCAACUCUCCUCUCAAUGCACCUACCCCUCCGGCCUCCUGGCCAACCAAACCGCCCUCCUCACCGGCGCCGCCCAGGGCAUCGGGGCCGAAACCGCCCGAUUGUUUGCGAACGAGGGAGCUCGCGUGGUGAUUGCCGAUAUCGAUGAGGAAAAAUCCCAAGCGCUUGCCACGGAGCUCAACACCCGCCAUCAAAAGACCAUCGCGCUGGCGGUGGCGGGCGAUCUGAUGGACGAGCGGUACAUCGAGGAAUUGGUCGAGAAGACGGCGGCGUUCGGGGAGGGCAAGAUCCAUGUUAUUGUGAAUAAUGCGGGGUUUACGUGGGACGGGGUGAUUCAUAAGAUGACAAACAAACAAUGGAAUACCAUGCUCGCCAUCCACAAUACCGCUCCCUUCCAGCUGGUGCGCGCCGCGGCCAAGUACUUUCGCGUCAAGGAUGGUGAGCCGCGGUGUAUUGUCAAUAUUAGUUCGACGAGUGGAGUGCAUGGAAAUGCAGGCCAAGCCAACUACUCCCUCGCCAAAGCCGGGAUAGUCGGUCUCACCAAAACCCUCGCCAAAGAAUGGGGCCCGCAGUUCGGAGUGCGCUCCAACACCGUCGCCUUCGGCCACGUGCAGACGCGUCUCACGGCGCCCAAGGAGGAAGGCGCCACCAUCACCACCUCCGACGGGGAGAAGGUCGUCCUGGGAAUCCCCGGGAAGCAGUUGGAUGCCAGAAGAACGGGUGCGGCUUCGGGGGCGGGAGCAGCUUCGGCCUACCCUGAUAUUCCGCUGGGGAGGCCGGCGAGUCCCGAAGAGGCGGCCAGGGUGGUGUUGGCGGUGGCGAGUCCGUUGUUCGCAUAUGUUACGGGGGAGACGAUCAAGGUUACGGGAGGACGGAAUAUGUAGAUGCUUUUUUUCCUUCCUGAGGUUGGAGGGAAAUUUGGGGGUUUUCCCCAUAAGUAUCAAUAUCUUGAUAAUAUAUACACAGAAGGG